AUGAAACUACUUCUAGUAUUGGUAGUCAGCAUUCUAUUCGGAUGUGCGGAGUCUUUUAAAGUUCAGAGUGAUUCGGGGGACACUGAGAGUUUUAGUGAUAGUUCAGCAGAAGAUCAAUUACUGUUGAUGAUACAAAUGACAAGACACGGUGCCAGAAGUACCAUUUCUACUAGGAAAGAGCCAAAUGUUAACACAAAGGAUUGGGAAAUGGGACUUGGAGAACUUACCCCAUCUGGAGAGAGACAGCAUUAUCUUUUAGGUAAUAAGCAAAGAAGGAAGUUUAUUACUGAUGAAAUCCAUCAUCUCAGUGAGGAUUUUGAUCCAAGAGAGGUUUAUGUUAUCUCUACUAAUUAUAAUAGAACUAUAAUGAGUGCUUAUUCAGAGAACCAAGGGUGGUAUCCUCUCGGAUCUGUGGAAGAGGUCUUGCCUGAGCAAAAGAAUACAGCUCUACCUCCUUUUGAGAUUGACAACAUUGAGGAAACAUUAAAUGAUCUAGGAAACGAUCCAACAAUGCAUGGAUAUCAACCAAUACCUAUUCAUGUUGGAGGAGAUGACUUUGCUCAUAUUUUUCAGGCUCAUGAUGCCAAAACAUGUCCAGUAGUAAAUCAGUUUGCUCAAAAGGUAAGAGAUGAAGCCAAAUUCACUGAAAUAAAUGAAAAGUAUAAAGACAACAUUCUCAAGCAGAUUAGAGAGAAUUGGGAAGUAGAUGAAGACCUUGAUUUUAAAAGUGUUGGGCACUUGGCUGAUCAGUUCUACACUGCUUACUUCGAUGAUAGAUUAGUCCAAAAAUAUCAGCUCCCUGUUGAAACUGUUGAUAAAAUCAUGGCUGAUCAAUUCUAUUACUUCAAUUUUUACUUUGAUGAAAUGGUUAGGAUUGCCACAUCUAACUUUUUGAAUUUCUUAUAUUCAACAUUUGAUGCUAAGAUAUUGUCCACUCUUACAGAUAUGGAUGACGUCAACUGGAUUAAAUCUAAAAAGCUAAUCUAUAUCAGUGCUCAUGACUCAACAGCAGCUGCUGUAUUAUCAGGAAUUGAGCAAAAGCAGGAAUAUCAGCCAUUCUAUGCCACUCAUAAUUUGAUCCAGCUCUGGAAGAAGGCUGGAACAAAUGGCGACAAGGAUGAAGAUUACUAUGUGAAAUGGAUCUAUAAUGAUAAAGCCUUGAACAUUAACAAUAAGUGUGAUGAAGAAGGAAGAUGUCCAUAUGAUUUGUUAAAAGAGUAUCUCAAAUCCAGAGAAUACCAAGGAGAUGACUGGUUGGCUGCUUGUAAGGGCACUCAGUCUAAUUGGCUUGGAGGAUAUCACAUUAUACUCAGUACUUUUGGUGGAGUUGUAGCUCUUGGAUUUGUUUCAUAUCUAAUGAUGAAGAAGUUUAUGAUCCAUUCUUAAACUUUCAAUAAAAA